AUGCCCCCCCGUCUGCGCCCCGUCCCCCGCAUCACCCGCCUCGCCCGCCUCGCCCGCCUCUACUCCACCGCGUCCGAGCCUCUCAUCCGCGUCACCAACAUCCCCGCCCCGUCCUCGGGCCACAUCCGCGUCCUCGAGCUCAACCGCCCCCAGGCCCGAAACGCCAUCUCCAAGGCCCUCCUGUCGGCUCUCCGCGCCCAGGUAGACGACCUCCACGCGCAGUACGGCCCCGGCGGUCGCGAGACGGGCGCGCUCACGCCAGGGCUGCCCGCCGAGCUUGGCCCCACGAGAGCUCUGGUCCUGGCCAGCGCAGUCGACGCUUGCUUCUGCGCCGGGGCCGAUCUCAAGGAGCGCCGGGGAUUCACCCAGCAAGAGACCGCCGACUUUCUGACCAGCCUGAGAGAAACAUUCGCGUCUCUGGCAAGCCUCCAGAUCCCCUCCAUAUCCGCCGUGUCGUCCCUUGCUCUCGGCGGCGGCCUCGAGCUGGCCCUAUCGACGCACUUCCGAGUGCUCACCUCAAACGCCACCGUCGGUCUUCCGGAAACCCGGCUCGGCAUCAUCCCCGGAGCAGGCGGCACGGCCCGCCUCCCUGCCAUCAUUGGCGUCUCCCGAGCCAGAGACCUCAUCCUCACGGGCCGUCGCGUCGUCGCCCCGGAAGCGUACUUCCUCGGUCUGGCGGAUCGCCUGGUCGAGGUCGAGCCCGACGCCACGGACAUUCUCCAGGUCGCGCGGAAGUCUGCCCUGGCCGAGGCUGUUCGCUUGGCGCACGAGAUUUGCGAAGGUGGCCCGGUUGCCAUUCGUGCAGGCUUGCAGGCGGUCGCGUGGGCGACGCAGGACAAGGAGGACGAAAUGUAUGAGAGGGUUGUAGCUACCGAAGAUAGAAACGAGGCCUUGAAGGCGUUUCAGGAAAAGCGAAAGCCUGUUUUCAAGGGGAGGUAA